CAAAAAUGUUCAAAUAAAUUUUUACCUGCGAGACGGCCGACAAGAAGUUGCGCUUUCCAGGACCCGGGAGUUUAUUUUUCUCCGAGAGCUCGAUGGGGAUGGAGAGGGAAAGCGGCCGAUCUUGGGUGCGGUUGGUCUCCGCUGUUUUAAGGAUGAGACCGAUCGCAAUGAUUAGCUGGACAUUUAUAUUAUAAUUGUUGUUUUUCUUUUCUUUUAAUUUUACUUUUUUGUAUGAUAGGUUUAAUCGAAUGGUGUUGGUGAUUGAUGCUGUGAGGCUCGCUCGCUGCUCUUUGCUCUGUUGCAGUGGAGUCCGAGUCCGAGUCCGAGUACCACCGUGUGUUUAAUAAUUAAUUAGUCUAAGGGGGGGGCUUUCCCCAAGCAUCAUCCUCAAAUUCAGGCACGCUACAGUACUGUAUAUCAUCUCGAGAAAAUCUUCAAAUUUUUUCACUUGCUGUACUGGUAUUCAAUCCUCUUCUCAGAUCCCCAUUCCGCCAACCUCAAUUUUCUCCCUCGAAAUGGGGAGACAACCUCCAUAUCACAAUAUCAGCACGGUGGGGCAGUCUUGGCAGUCGUCCUCAAUCCCACCGUCAAUCCCCCCGUACGGUUGCACCUGGCACCGUUGAACCUCGAACCCUCACCCCCUACCGCAGCACCCAUUCCUGCUCCUGCUGUCAUCAUAUCAUACAUACCACUACGAGUAUCAAUCCUCACCACCACCACCAACCAUAUUCACCCCAUCCCUCCCUCCUUCCUUCCCAUUGACCACCAAUUUCCAGAAGACCCACCGGCCGAAAUGAGAUUAACAACCGAGCUCCUACAGGCCGCGCAUAGCUACCUCAACCCGCUCAACGACCGCGAAUUAGAUCUCCGAGGCCACAAGAUCCCCGCCAUCGAGAAUUUAGGUGUUGCUGCCACAAGACGCCAUAGACUUGACGGACAACGACAUCCAAGCCCUCGGAAACUUCCCCCUAAGCGAACGCCUGAAAACCCUCUUACUCGCGCGCAACCGGAUAUCCACCAUCCAGCCCACCCUCGCCGCCAGCCUGCCAAACCUAACCAUUACAGGAAGGUGAAGGAUGUCGAGAGGGAGGCUGCUGGUAGGUUGUUUGGGAGUGUGAGCGAGCCAUCAGCUUUGGCUGCUAGGAUUAUGGGAAUCAAGUCAAGGACUUUCGACAUUAGCGAGCCGUUGAAUGGUGGGCAGAAGGAAUACACUGUUAGGUUGAGUGCUGCUGAGAGGAAAAGCAUUGAGGCGAGGAUCAGAGCUGCAAAGAGCCUAGAGGAGGUUGCUAGGUUGGAGAGGGAGCUUCGGGAAGGUCUUCAAUCUUCGGGAGAUGCUAUGGAGGAGUAGUGGAUAAUCAACUUACCUUUACCACUCAUGUAUUUCUUGUCUAGCUUCGAAGGCCUGAAAAAAAAAAACUCCCCGUUUCCUUCCUC